CGGCUUGUGGGGGCUUGUCAGAACUCUCGCGAGGGUGCGGGUCUUUCUGCGGUCCUUGGGCACUUGGUUUCGCUGCCGAGGGGUUUGCCCACUUCCGGUACCUCGGACCCCCUGGUAGCGUCCGUCCGCUCCCAACCUGGGCCGAGUGGCGUCGAGGGACAGUGGGCGCGGCCAGGGAGUUUGACUAGCCGCAGGCAGGUAGCUGCCUGCCUCGAACCCCGGACCCGCGGUGCCCGAGGCGGAGGGCACCAAUGCCUCUGCUCUGGAAAAAGACAUUGGUCCAGAGCAGUUUCCAAUCAAUGAACACUACUUCGGAUUGGUCAAUUUCGGAAACACAUGCUACUGUAACUCCGUGCUUCAGGCCUUGUACUUCUGCCGGCCCUUCCGGGAGAAUGUGCUGGCCUACAAGGCCCAGCAAAAAAAGAAGGAAAACUUGUUGACGUGCCUGGCAGACCUUUUCCACAGCAUCGCCACGCAGAAGAAGAAGGUUGGCGUGAUCCCACCAAAGAAGUUCAUUUCGAGGCUGAGAAAAGAAAAUGAUCUCUUUGAUAACUACAUGCAGCAGGAUGCUCACGAAUUUUUAAAUUAUUUGCUAAACACUAUUGCGGACAUCCUGCAGGAAGAGAAGAAACAGGAGAAGCAAAAUGGAAAAUUAAAAAAUGGCAACAUGAACGAACCUGCGGAGAAUAAUAAACCAGAACUCACCUGGGUCCAUGAGAUUUUUCAGGGAACGCUCACCAAUGAAACUCGAUGCUUGAACUGUGAAACUGUUAGUAGCAAAGAUGAAGAUUUUCUUGACCUUUCUGUUGAUGUGGAGCAGAAUACAUCUAUUACCCACUGUCUAAGAGACUUCAGCAACACAGAAACACUGUGUAGUGAACAGAAGUAUUAUUGUGAAACGUGUUGUAGCAAACAGGAAGCCCAGAAAAGGAUGAGAGUCAAAAAGCUGCCCAUGAUUUUGGCCCUGCACCUCAAGCGAUUCAAGUACAUGGAGCAGCUCCACAGGUACACCAAGCUGUCUUACCGGGUGGUCUUCCCCCUGGAACUGCGGCUCUUCAACACCUCCAGCGACGCGGUGAACCUGGACCGCAUGUACGACCUGGUCGCGGUGGUGGUCCACUGCGGCAGUGGUCCUAACCGUGGGCAUUAUAUUACUAUUGUGAAAAGUCACGGCUUCUGGCUUCUGUUUGAUGAUGACAUUGUAGAGAAAAUAGAUGCCCAAGCUAUUGAAGAAUUCUAUGGCCUGACAUCAGAUAUAUCAAAAAAUUCAGAAUCUGGAUAUAUUUUAUUCUAUCAGUCAAGAGAAUAACUUAAAGGACUGUGGGACUAAUUCGAGUGGGGAAAUGUUCAAAGCACUCUUACCUGGUUUCUCUGCAGACGUCCCUCUUCCCCAGCGGCCCACCAGCGGCGUGGCUCCGAGUUCAGGGGUCUGGCUGUGUGACUCUCCCCCUUCGUUUUUCUACAUGCAGCACUACUCGUGGUUUUAUGUUAGUCUGAGGUAGAGUUAACUGCAAUCAGAUUGUAGUAAGUUUUAGAUGAAUAACAUUUGCUAAUUUUAGGAUCAGGUACAUGCCAUGCCACUGGCUGUGUCUGGCUGAAUUAGAAUGACAUUUCCUAUGAACGUCGACAGUCUUUUUGGGGUCUUUGCUCAUCUUUCUAAAUGGCUUCCGGGGUCUCCUUUCAAUGCAUUCCUUUAACUUGUCCCUGGAAACACCGCUUCCCGUUUUUAGCUUCUCUGCCUCUUUUCUGACGGAAGGACAGAAGAAUGGGGUAGAUACUCACCUUUUAGAGCUGCAACUAUAGCUUUAAGUUUUGCCAGUGAAAAUGUUUAAAAGUGAGUAACCUCGAAACUGAAUUCGUCCUCCGGGUGGAACAGGGCGAACAGAAGCCGUUCGCGGUUGCUAGCGGCUGCCCCGGGCUGAGCUCCCCCAGCCAUGAGAAUUCCAGAGGCUGAGGAGGUGUGGGGCUCAGGGCAGGCAAAGCCAGGAGGAGGUAGCUUUUGUGCACAGUGGAAAGUUGCUUUUCUUAUCUUUCUACCAAAACCAAGCUUCAGGAAAAUAGCUCUAUGCUCUUUGUUUUUAGUGAUGCUUUUCUUCUGUCCUGUGAGUUGUAUCUCCUUUAUCCGGCGCUGCUAAGCUUCCCAAGGUAUCUUUCCGAUCCUACUGGUGUUCCGCAGUCAGCGGUGGCAGAGCUGAGACACCACGGGGACUGUCUUGCGCCCAGCUCUCCUUAGCUAGGCAGCACCAACCCCGUCCUUUCCCAGGAAGAACGAAGGCUCUGCACCUUUCCUCCCAUCAGCCACAUUGUACAGCUGUUCACGUUUUAGCAUUUCAGUCUGUGUACUGCGGCCCUGGCAAGUUCCAGGGCUAACAUGGAACCUUCCCUACAGGAGAUACUGGAGUUAGCUGGGGAUGCAAGUGGGUCAAAGGAAGUGUCAGUGGGCGGGUGGAGGGAUGAACAAAAUGGUGGCGUUUCUUUGGCUCAGACUCCCAGGAUGCUUGACAAACGGAGUUUUUUGGAAGAACCUCAUCUCACCGUAGUUACUUUUUGUUACAUAUGUAUUUAUUAAAUCUUUUGAGUAUUGGCACCUUUUAUUAAAAGGGUCGAUACAGUGUUUUGCUGUUGAGCUGGUUUUUGGUUUCCUACAAAUGUUAUGAGUUGUAGAUCUUGGCUUCCUUUGGGAAGACAGUUGACUUCCAUGCGCUAUAAUAUACUGUGAACCUGUUAUUUUGUUACCUAAUAAAUCAGCGAAGGAACAUGCAAACUUGUGGCAUAAUGUGAACUAAAAUUGAAAUUGAAAAUGUUACUGGCCAUUUUGCGACAAUUAAGAGCAUAGCACUUUAUCUAGAUGAAAACUGGAUUUCUUAUCUUUGAAGUAUCUUGAACUGUUUGUCGCUCACAACUUACAUAAGCAUGCCAACACUUCAUCUGUUCAUGCUUGAAGUGAAAUGUUUUACUUUUCACUGGAGAAGACAAAAGCAGGGUGAUCUUCACGUUAUUGUUUUAUAAAAGUGAUGAAAAUAUACCUUGCCUUGUUUAGAGGUGAAUUCAUAUUUAUAAAUAGUUUGUCUUUUUUUCCUCCACAAAACUUAUGCAGUAAUGGCGUACCUGGAAGGUGUGUUUUUAUUCUCUUUUAAGGAGAGACACUUUCCAGUUGAAGGUGACUGUUAGAGGGAGCUGUUUGUACUAUACAUAAACCAUAUAUUUGACUGCAGGUUGCAAAGUUUAAAAAAACCCUGAUUGAUCCCUAAUAUAUUUGGAACUGAUACAUGAGAAAAACUAUGAAAAUUAUCUUUGAAAUGACUCUUGAAGCUAAUUUAUUAGAAAAAAAUUUUUCAGUUGGAAGUCUAAGGAAAUAAUAUCUGAAUGCUAUGUCAUAGAUUCAGUUUUUUUUUUUUUGAUGUGUAAAAAGUUUUUCGCAGUGACUUAACGGAAAUAAUGCCUUUUAGUAGAAAAGGUUAGUUAAAAUUAAGUAUUCACGGAUAAAUUCUUGGACUAAAAAAGUAAGUAUCGAAGCUAACACAGAGACACUAAAAUGGUUGUGUGUUGCAGGAAAAGAAGAUUGAAAAAAAGGCCAAAACACACUUAUCCGCCAACACUCCAUCAGUUUUUUAAACUUCAGAGCUAUCUGGGAACUUCUUCCCCCUUCCUCUUUAAUAAACGAAAGAAACACGAGGCAGCUACAUUUCCCCCUCAGUCAUUUCACUUUAUGUGAAGACUAGAGCACAUAAACACUUCUUUAUUUUUCAUCCCUCAUUCAUUGUGUGAAGCAGAGAUGGUGUGGGAUGUGUGAGACCAUUCUGAGGUCAACAAUAGCACAAAGGCUCAGCAAUAUUCCCUCAAGUGGCCAGGGUUUUUGUGUGUCGUUUUCUGGCAGGAGUGAGCAGGCCUGCUGUAUUCCUUUUAACUGCUGGGUGUUUUAAAAUAAGUUGCAGUGUUUUCCACUUUAAAAAGAGAAGGAAUAUUUGCUUUAUUGGUUACUUCUUGUUUAACAUCUAGAUUAUGUUACCGUGUGAUAAAAACCUUCAUUUGUUUGAAAGUCAAUGUUGGUAGAAUGCUGACGCCCAGUCCUGUUAUUCUGAUGCGUUUUCCAUUCCGAGGCAACACGAAGUGGGCUGGUUUGAAGAGAGCCAAGGGAGCAGCCCAAGAGGGUGGUGCUCUGACUAGGAAACCAGUCAUAUUGGUUUUAUAGCCUGGUAUAUUUUGGAUUUCAGAUGAAAUGGGGAAAAGAAUGACAGAAAUGGUCCCUGUGCAUUUAUUUUCAUGGAUACCCUUAAUUCUCACGGGCAUGCCUAACAAUGAAACUAUGUUCUAACUGGGGCUUAGGGCUUAUUUUAGAUAUUGGAGUGUAGCUUUAUUACAGAUGGAUUUUAUCUUUAAACAUUGCAUUUUGAUCAACUUUGUAUAUUCACGUGUAUUAAAAUAUUGUGCACUAAAUGUUUUGCCCUCGUUUGCUAUUAUAUGGUCAAGGCAUUUAUCAGCACUAGUGUGAUUAACUCACGUAAGUGGCAUGGGUCGGAGAAAAUGAUUUCCUAUGUUUCUGCCUAAUUAAAUUUGUUUUUCGGUAUUGAAUUAAUUUAUUUGGGCUUCCAUUUCUGUAUAACCAGAAUAGUUAUCUGUAUUUGUGUGGCAUUCAUUUAUUUGACUUUGUUGCUAAAAAAUUUUUUUUUUAGUUUUCAUUUAAAAUAAUCUGUACCUUUUUUUUUUUUUAAAUGUAACCAAUUCAAGCACUUCAAGCAGUAAUGUCAAUCUUGUGAAACUUCAAUCAGUUUAACACCCUGCCUCCAAAAUUGUUGGCAAAAAAUAAAUAAAAGAGGAAUUCUCUUCCUAGAGAAUUCUAUCUCGGUAGCAUUAUACACAUGGACUUAAAAUCCUUUUCAUAAAAUGUGAGUCAUUGGUAAGCCUCCUGUGCAGGUAAUCAUUACAAACCCAAUUUUGAAGCAUUGUAAAGAAUAUUCUGGUCAUUGUAGUAAUGGACGUGUAAUAAUAACGUACUGUCCACGUUCAUAAAGUUGGUGUUCUGGAGAUAUCUCACCUCUUUUUUGAUUGAGAAAGAUCAGCACAAUUAAUCCAGAAACCUUUGUCUGGGGAAGAGCAAACUGAGACUAUCAGUGAAAAAAAGAAUUAGGGUAGGUAUAUUAGGCAUCACAGUGAAUUGCUUAGCAGCGGUUUUGCAUAGAAAAUACCCUUUACCAGUUACGAAAUAAAAGAUCCAUUCCCAAAAUAAAAAAGUGGCUUCCAGCUCUUUGAUCCCAUCAGCAUUUGGUUUCUAGGAAAGGGUAGGAGUGCGGUCCGGGCCCUGGUGUGCUGCCAGCAGCCCCAGGCUUCUGGGCGGGGUCUGAGCUGCAGUGACCCCAGCGGGGUGCACACCGGUCCCUCCAUUGGCCUGCCAGAAGUGGGGCAGUGCAGGCCCAUGUUCUAUGGUCUCAGAGUGUGGCCCUCCCAGGGCUGAGACUCAAGCUUGCUGUUAAAAUGCUUAAGACUCUUCUUCCCCCCAACCAGUCACUUCAAGGGGUCCGUGUGUGGACAGGAGAUUGUCAUUUGAAUGCAUUUUCCUGGGCCCAGUGAUGGGAAUAAGACGCAACAGACCAAGAGCGAGGCAAUGUGCCUUGAAGUCUCCCGGUUUCCACCUAUCUUCUCCCAGGGCAGCUCAGUUGAACCUGGCUGAGCUGGGACAGGCUUGCUGGGGAAGAGCCUGCGUCCGCCAUGACGGCCAUGGGAAUGGAAGACGUCAGGAAAACGGGGUUUUCUUUUCUUGGCCUCCUGUUGUCCAUCUGUCCUAUAGGGCUUAUAGGAUAGGCCCGUCACCACCAGCACGACACAGUUUCUGGGGAAUGAGAAGAGUUGCCCAUUUCUCCAAAUUUCCCUCCCUCUGUUCAUUGAGACUUAAAACCCCUUGAACAGAGAACGAAGCCUUCCAUUUCCAUGCCUUGUAUCCCCAUGAAGAUAAAAAAGCUUGCUAAGUCAUUCCCCACCCCCCCAUCCCCGAGGGAACACUUUGACCGUGGAGAUGGUACUCAGACCUCUUAGACUUGUCCUAGAGGUGUCCCAAGUGGAGAGAUUUUUAAUUAAGCCAUUAUUUAGCACCUGUUAUAUGCUAGGCAAGGGGACAGGAGUUGGGGGAUAAAAAGGUGAAGCAGAUAGGAUCCCUCUUCUAGUUCCCUCCCUCAGAGAAAAAAGUUUGCCAGAGAGAAAUUUAAAUUGUGGAGAUAACGUGGGCGGCGAAAUUCAUCACAAUCUGGCUCAUUUUGGUAUUCAGCCUGGGUCUUCCUGAACAGAUGGACACUGCUCCAGCUGGUGCUGUGGGUAAAGCAGCCCGGUUCCUUCUUGACCUUGGGUCCCCUUCUUGUGUCCCACUUUCCUCCUUGCCUGCUCUCCAUGUUGCCUUAGGCUGCCUUUUAGCUUCUUCUACUAGGGACGACACAAUUUUUUAAAACAAUGCUUAAAUCCAUUAGGUUACAGUGAUGGACUUGAGCAUUUUGCCUCUUAAUUCUCAUGUUAAAAGAGCCAGAAUAUUGAAAGUCUUAACAGGAUUUUAUGAAUAAAUUAUCUAAACGAUCUCUUUCCAUGAUUACCAAAUAAUUAGAGCCUCUCCGAACUUAACCAAAAUCAAUCCAGCAUGAGUUUUUAAGCUAUGUGACUAAUGAUUUUAUUGGCUUAUCAACCUAUGUUCCCUUUUUGGGUUCCCUUAUGUUUUAAUAGUGCGUUGAAUAAAACACAUUAGGAGCUUACAAAUGAAUGAAAAAUAGCUUCAUUUUGGUUCUAAGACACCAGAGUCAGAAACAUUAGAUUUUGUAAAAAGGAUUCCUAAUUUUCUACUCAUUUCCCACAUGAUGAUUCAUAAUAAAGUAUUUAUUAACAAUCUUGGGGGUAUCAUACUCAUGUUGUAAGUUACAUGGGUGCGUCUUUCACUUUCUUCUCCUCCCUCGAGUGAGCAUACAGGUUGUAUCAAGGUGGCGUGGAAUUCCACAGAAACUGCACGGGAAGGUUGGGCAUUUGUGUUGUUGGUGGAAAUCCUAUUUUGUUCUUACCUCGUCCUGGUAGUUAGGGAUCUUGGAGAAGAAAACUGAGAUGCAGAUUUGACUUGACAGGAAGCAAAAUAAUUUAAUAGUUGAAACCACUAUUUCUAUAUAUUUAACCAAGUCCUCUUUCUAUGAUCCAACGCAACUGUUUUUGUAUUUCAGAGAGUGUCUCUUAAUUGACCUUGCCUGAGAGAACAUUCUGUGCUGAGAUAACUGAAAAUAAACACAAGGAAAAUUGGAGAGUGAGUCUUCUGCAGAAAGCUAGGUCUCUUCACUGUAGAGCCCGUCUUGGGUUGAGAAUUGCCUGUUUCCCAAGCUGAGGGGUAGAAAAAUAUUUUUCAGUGGGUUAUAAAACCUGUAUAAAGGAGAAACCCAUUCUCUUGCUGCGCCCCAACCCCAUAGAAUAGUUUGAAAAGAAGUUGUUUCUGCAUAUUUUUCCAUCUUUGUUACCCCAAAGCCCAGAGAACCAGAAAUAAGUAUAAAUUAGCCUAAAUAUGUUGUCUUUUCCAACUUUGACUUACAAGCCUCCAGCAGAAGUAGGCGUGAAGACUGCAGAAUGGAGAGGGACCCUCCUCCUGGACAUUUCAUUGGUUGUUCUGAUCUUUGUGUCAUUUGAGGGGUCUGCAAAGAUCGUGAAGAACAAACUCACCGCAGAAUCUGCCCUCAGAUAGGAACUGGUAGAGAAUGUAGAAGAAUGAGGAGGUGGGGUGUGAAUCUCAGGGGGUAAGAGGAGGGGAAUAAGGUUGAGACCCUUCUGAUGUGACACAGCAUAGCUCCUGGCCUCAGGUCUCACUGCAAUGUCUGUCCCAAUCUGUGCCUUUGCCCUGCAGAGUCAGGAGGGAUUGCAGCAAGACCCACAAGUGCCCCUAUCUGAUAGACAACGUACGGACUCUAUGCCCUUUCUGUCGUUGCCCUGACCUUGAUCUCUAAUAGGAGAAUUUCAGACUCAAGUCAAUAGUCUUGUGAAAAAGCCCUACUGGACUUGGAAUUGCAAGCCCAGGUUCUAGCUGGUGCCAUCGUCACAGCAUGUGCGGAAAGCAAAGGGUCAGGAAGCAGAAGGUCUGAGUUCGAGUCCUGACUGUGGCUUCCUGGUUGGAUGAUGUUAGAGGUUUGUCACCUAAGUCAGACGUUGGUCAUAAUGUUGGGUUUGGGAUGAUAAUGAGAGGUGUUUGUCUGAAGGGCCCUUCUCAGGUCCUCAGGGAGGUAGAGACACAAUUGCCAAAACAACAGAGAGCGUACGAGAGCUAGUUACUUAAACAGGAAGUUGUGGGGUAUUGCGCUGUACUAUUUCAUUUAAUCUAAUCCCCACGACAUCUUCCAGACAUAAAAGACAAGACUAAAGAGAGCUGAGGGGUGGCGGGGGGGAAAGCAGCCCCCGAUAGCCAGGAAAUAGCCAGCGAUAGCUACACCUGGGAUGUUUUCUGGAGCUGGCCCAGCAACUCCAGCUGGACCAUGGUGUUUCCCGGUAGGACGUAAACAACCUCACAGGACACCAACCUCAGACAAGGUCGUGGUAUGACCAUGAUGAAGUGAAACAAUAAACAAGACCACUUUGUAAUUUCACCUAAGCAUGGACAAAAACAAGAUCACUGCAAAUUGCAAAAUACCAAACACCCCUCUCCUGCCAAAUCCCAGUCAGCGCUGCUGCUGUACCAGUGACGGCUUUAGCACUGCUCCCAUCUGUCCUAGAUGAGAUUUAUUAAGCUACAUGAUCAAAGGAUUAGCCCCCCUUCCUGACAGCACCCAGUCCAGAGUGAAACUCUGUUCCUUGAACCCUCCCCCAAACCACCAAACCAAAGCCCCAAUCCUGUAAGUUCUAGCAGCCUCUUACUGAAAUGCCCCCACGCUUCCACACAGUGUGUGGUCUCUCUGAGCUUUAUUUUAUUUAUUUAUUUAUUU